UUUUUUUGUUGGUAAAACAGUCAUCUGGAAACAUUUAUCCUCCAUGCAAAAGUGAUAAAACUGGCAAUCACAGAGGAUCAGAGUCUUUUACUAUCAGUACAAACUUAAACGACGUUAAGAUGUUCCGUUGGGUUUCCCCAAUGAUUUUUUAUGUUAUAUGGUUGAUGGGUGCCAUUAAUUGUGAGACUCAACAUGCAAUACCGGGCAUUGUGGAUCCAGACACUCCACUGCGGACUACAGGAGUGGAACCAAUAUUUCAUGGCUUUUUCCCUCUUAGAGUCUGCCAUGUUACCUUGUUCGAAGAUUAUGGAGAUUUAUUUUCCCCUGUGUUUUUGGGCUCAAACCCGCCGCCUAUCUGGUGCAACUGGACUAUUGUGGCUGACCAAGGGAAGCAAAUUAUUUUGCACUUGUACCAUUUUGCAUCCAAGGAAAACUGUGACAUGAAUGAAGAUCAAAUCAUCUUUGAAGAGCUUCCCGCUAGGAUGGAACCGCAUACAUUGAGUAGAUGCUGGAGCGAAGAAUUUUAUACUUCUCAAUCCAAUAUUCUUUAUGUGUUUUGGCUUUCCAUGGGCAAUCCAAGCAUUAGUAAUGGAGGAUUCUAUGGGAAUUAUGAUGUUUUUGAUGAUGAGAGAAGUAUUGUUCCUACUACUGUAGAGCAGUGGUCUUUUCCCCUCGGACAACUGGGUGAACAUGUGGCAAGUAAAAAUCUGGACUUGUUGAGCACCACUUUAUUUUUGACACAAAGUGAGAAAUUUAGCACCGAAGACCAAGAAGAUAUUGGCAAUACUGCGUACCCAGGGCACACUAAGUUUUAUAAGCAUCUGACAACUCAAAGUGAAACUGAAUAUCUUGAAGGCUAUAAACAUGACCAACACCCACAAAGGAUAACUACUCCAACUGCAAUGGAAAGUGAAGAGCAAUAUCUAGAAAAUAAACACGACCAACUUUCACAAAGUAGAACUACUCCUAAUGUAAUGGAAAGUGAAGCAGAAUCUUCAGAUCACAAUCGUGACAAACAUUCACAAAUGAUUACUCCUCCAAAUGCAACGGAAAGUGAAGAGGAAUCUUUUGAAAGUUAUAAACGUGGCCAGCAUGCAACAGAAAAUGAAACAGAAUAUCUAGAAAACUAUAAACAUGAUCAACAUUCACAAAGGAUUACUCCUCCUCCAAAUGCAAUGGAAAGUGAAACUAAAUAUAUAGAAAAAUAUAAACUUGGCCAGUAUGUAGAAGAAAGUGAAAAAGAAUAUCGAGUAAAAGAACACGACCAACAUUCACAAAGGAUUACUACUCCUCCAAAUGCAAUGGAAAGUGAAACUAAAUAUAUAGAAAACUAUAAACUUGGCCAGUAUGUAGAAGAAAGUGAAAAAGAAUAUCGAGUAAAUGAACACGACCAACAUUCACAAAGUAGAACUACUCCUAAUGUAAUGGAAAGUGAAGCAGAAUCUUCAAAUCACAAUCGUGACAAACAUUCACAAAGGAUUACUACUCCUCCAAAUGCAACGGAAAGUGAAGAGGAAUAUUUUGAAAGUUAUCAACAUGGCCAGCAUGCAAUAGAAAGUGAAACUGAACAUCUAAAAAACUCUAAACAUGACCAACAUUCACAAAGGAUUACUACUCCAACUACAAUGGAAAGCGAAACAGAAUAUGUGGAAAACAGCCCUGAACAGCAUCCACAUAGAAUUACUCCAAAUGCAAUGGAAAAGGAAGAAUAUCGAGCAAAUUAUAAAAAUGACUUGCAUGCAAUGGAUAAUGAAGUGGAAUAUCAAGAAAACAGCCAUCAACAUUCGCAAAUGACAUCUUCUUCAAAUGCAGAAGAAAGUGAAGAGGAAUAUCUAGAAAAUUCUAACCUGUUUGCAGUGGAAAGUGAAAUAGAUCUCAAAAACUCUAAACCUGACCAAUAUUCACAAGAGAUUACUACUCCAAAUGCAAUGGAAGUAGAGGAAUACCUAGAAAACUAUAAACAUGACCAGCAUGCAAAGGAAACGGAAUAUCAAGUAAAUGAACAUGACCAGCAUUCCCAAAGGAUUACUACUCCAAAUGCAACGGAAAGGGAAGAGGAAUAUCUAGAAAACUAUAAACAUGGCCAGUAUGCAAUGGAAACGGAAUAUCAAGUAAAUGAACAUGACCAGCAUUCCCAAAGGAUUACUACUCCAAAUGCAACGGAAAGUGAAGAGGAAUCUUUUGAAAGUUAUAAACGUGGCCAGCAUGCAACAAAAAAUGAAACGGAAUAUCUAGAAAACUCUAAACAUGACCAACAUUCACAAAGGAUUACUACUCCAACUACAAUGGUAAGCAAAACGGAAUAUGUAGAAAACAGCCCUGAACAGCAUCCACAUAGGAUUACUCCAAAUGCAAUGGAAAAGGAAGAAUAUCGAGCAAAUUAUAAAAAUGACUUGCAUGCAAUGGAUAAUGAAGUGGAAUAUCAAGAAAACAUCAGUCAACAUUCGCAAAUGACAACUUCUUCAAAUGCAGAAGAAAAUGAAGAGGAAUAUCUAGACAAUUAUAAACAUGGUCAGUAUGCAACGGAAAGUAAAACAGAAUUUCUAAACUAUGAACAUGACCAAGAGUCCCAAAGGAUUAUUACUCUAAAUGCAAUGGAGAGUGAAGAGGAAUAUCUAGAAAAUUCUAACCUGUUUGCAGUGGAAAGUGAAAUAGAUCUCAAAAACUCUAAACCUGACCAAUAUUCACAAGAGAUUAUUACUCCAAAUGCAAUGGAAGUAGAGGAAUACCUAGAAAACUAUAAACAUGACCAGCAUGCAAAGGAAACGGAAUAUCAAGUAAAUGAACAUGACCAGCAUUCCCAAAGGAUUACAACUCGAAAUGCAACGGAAAGGGAAGAGGAAUAUCUAGAAAACUAUAAACAUGACCAGCAUGCAAAGGAAACGGAAUAUCAAGUAAAUGAACAUGACCAACAUUCACAAAGGAUUACUACUCCAAAUGCAACGGAAAGGGAAGAGGAAUCUUUUGAAAGUUAUAAACAUGACCAGCAUGCAAAGGAAACGGAAUAUCAAGUAAAUGAACAUGACCAGCAUUCCCAAAGGAUUACUACUCCAAAUGCAACGGAAAGGGAAGAGGAAUAUCUAGAAAAUUAUAAACAUGGCCAGUAUGCAAUGGAAGGUAAAACAGAAUAUCUAAACUAUGAACAUGACCAAGAUUCCCAAAGGAUUACUACUAUAAAUGCAAUGGAAAGUGAAACUAAAUAUAUAGAAAACUAUAAACAUGGCCAGUAUGCAGAAGAAAGUGAAACUGAACAUCUAAAAAACUCUAAACAUGACCAACAUUCACAAAGGAUUACUACUCCAACUACAAUGGAAAGCGAAACAGAAUAUGUGGAAAACAGCCCUGAACAGCAUCCACAUAGAAUUACUCCAAAUGCAAUGGAAAAGGAAGAAUAUCGAGCAAAUUAUAAAAAUGACUUGCAGGCAAUGGAUAAUGAAGUGGAAUAUCAAGAAAACAGCCAUCAACAUUCGCAAAUGACAUCUUCUUCAAAUGCAAAAGAAAAUGAAGAGGAAUAUCUAGACAAUUAUAAACAUGGCCAGUAUGCAACAGAAAGUAAAACAGAAUUUCUAAACUAUGGACAUGACCAAGAGUCCCAAAGGAUUAUUGCUCUAAAUGCAAUGGAGAGUGAAGAGGAAUAUCUAGAAAAUUCUAACCUGUUUGCAGUGGAAAGUGAAAUAGAUCUCAAAAACUCUAAACCUGACCAAUAUUCACAAGAGAUUACUACUCCAAAUGCAAUGGAAGUAGAGGAAUACCUAGAAAACUAUAAACAUGACCAGCAUGCAAAGGAAACGGAAUAUCAAGUAAAUGAACACAACCAACAUUCCCAAAGGAUUACUCCUCCAAAUGCAAUGGAAAGUGAAGAGGAAUAUUUUGAAAGUUAUCAACAUGGCCAGCAUGCAAUAGAAAGUGAAACUGAACAUCUAAAAAACUCUAAACAUGACCAACAUUCACAAAGGAUUACUACUCCAACUACAAUGGAAAGCGAAACCGAAUAUGUGGAAAACAGCCCUGAACAGCAUCCACAUAGAAUUACUCCAAAUGCAAUGGAAAAGGAAGAAUAUCGAGCAAAUUAUAAAAAUGACUUGCAUGCAAUGGAUAAUGAAGUGGAAUAUCAAGAAAACAGCCAUCAACAUUCGCAAAUGACAUCUUCUUCAAAUGCAGAAGAAAGUGAAGAGGAAUAUCUAGAAAAUUCUAACCUGUUUGCAGUGGAAAGUGAAAUAGAUCUCAAAAACUCUAAACCUGACCAAUAUUCACAAGAGAUUACUACUCCAAAUGCAAUGGAAGUAGAGGAAUACCUAGAACACUAUAAACAUGACCAGCAUGCAAAGGAAACGGAAUAUCAAGUAAAUGAACAUGACCAGCAUUCCCAAAGGAUUACUACUCCAAAUGCAAUGGAAAGUGAAGAGGAAUCUUUUGAAAGUUAUAAACAUGGCCAGCAUGCAAAGGAAACGGAAUAUCAAGUAAAUGAACAUGACCAGCAUUCCCAAAGGAUUACUACUCCAAAUGCAAUGGAAAGUGAAGAGGAAUCUUUUGAAAGUUAUAAACAUGGCCAGCAUGCAAAGGAAACGGAAUAUCAAGUAAAUGAACAUGACCAGCAUUCCCAAAGGAUUACUACUCCAAAUGCAAUGGAAAGUGAAGAGGAAUCUUUUGAAAGUUAUAAACGUGGCCAGCAUGCAACAAAAAAUGAAACAGAAUAUCUAAACUCUAAACAUGACCAACAUUCACAAAGGAUUACUACUCCAACUACAAUGGAAAGCAAAACGGAAUAUGUAGAAAACAGCCCUGAACAGCAUCCACAUAGGAUUACUCCAAAUGCAAUGGAAAAGGAAGAAUAUCGAGCAAAUUAUAAAAAUGACUUGCAUGCAAUGGAUAAUGAAGUGGAAUAUCAAGAAAACAUCAGUCAACAUUCGCAAAUGACAACUUCUUCAAAUGCAGAAGAAAAUGAAGAGGAAUAUCUAGACAAUUAUAAACAUGGUCAGUAUGCAACGGAAAGUAAAACAGAAUUUCUAAACUAUGGACAUGACCAAGAGUCCCAAAGGAUUAUUACUCUAAAUGCAAUGGAGAGUGAAGAGGAAUAUCUAGAAAAUUCUAACCUGUUUGCAGUGGAAAGUGAAAUAGAUCUCAAAAACUCUAAACCUGACCAAUAUUCACAAGAGAUUACUACUCCAAAUGCAAUGGAAGUAGAGGAAUACCUAGAAAACUAUAAACAUGACCAGCAUGCAAAGGAAACGGAAUAUCAAGUAAAUGAACACGACCAACAUUCACAAAGGAUUACUACUCCAAAUGCAACGGAAAGGGAAGAGGAAUAUCUAGAAAAUUAUAAACAUGACCAACAUGCAAAGGAAACGGAAUAUCAAGUAAAUGAACAUGACCAGCAUUCCCAAAGGAUUACUACUCCAAAUGCAACGGAAAGGGAAGAGGAAUAUCUAGAAAAUUCUAACCCGUUUGCAGUGGAAAGUGAAAUAGAUCUCAAGAACUCUAAACCUGACCAAUAUUCACAAGAGAUUACUACUCCAAAUGCAAUCAAAAGUGAAGACAAAUAUGUAGGAAAUGAUACAGAUUACCACAAUGGAAUAGCAAGUGAACCAGUAUAUAUAGAAAACUAUCAACACCCACAAAGGAUUACUACUCAAAAUGCAGUGGGAAGUGAAGAGGAAAAUCUAGAAAAUGACCAUCAUGUAAUUGCUAGUUUUACGAACAAACCAUUUUUGCAGACUACUCCAGUAAGUGAUGUGCAGGACACAAGCCUGCUGAAAACUGUUCAUUUUGAUACCUUUCUAACACCCUUGCAGUCAAAACUGCCUGAAAUCCAGUCUGAGGCUUUUGACUUUGCAGAUUUGGAUACAAUGGCUGCUUUGGAUUUGAGCGAUGACCUUGAACCAACCAGAGUUCAGUCCUUCUCUUUGAAAAGUAAGAUGUUUCUUGGGAUGCACGACACUUCCUCCGAAGAGAGGUUUGUAGUAGAUGCACAGCCUCUAAAUAAAGCUUGGCUAGAAGACAUUGAUGGUGUUUGUAAUUCUUGUGAUUCUUCCCGAGUAUCUGUGGUAGGUACAAAUGGAAAAGAUGUUGCAGAAAGUUUGAGCCCUACUUUAUUAUUUGCAAAAAAGUUUAAGCAGUCUGAAACCUUUGCAGAUAAAAGCAAUAGUGCAUCAUACCUUCCGAUAUCUACAGCAAAUUAUUUGAACACAUUUGAAUCCAAUCAAGCAAACCAUAACACCAUAGAAGUGUCACAGGUGGUCCUUCAAAGCAGGUUUGAAAGUCUAGAUGGUGGGGAAGACAAUGAAAUUAGUCCCAUAUGGACCAAUGGGGAUUCCAAUUACAGGGUUAAUGGCGAUCAAACUGGUUAUGUCGCCCCAGCACUUUUAGAGGAGGAUCCUGAAAUUAACCAACAAUUAAAAUUCACCACUCCAUCUGAAUCUACAUCAUCUCUUAAGCAAGAUGGCAUUGAAGUACAGAUACAAACUGGGAAACUCUGGACCAAUGCAGCUUGGGAAGAAUCGAUUGGAACCACAGAUGGGUCUUCUAUCAAUAGAAAUGCGAUAAACUCCUUUGCAGAGAAGAGAGUGGAUGAUGCCAGCCCUCUAGAGCCACUCCAUGAAGACCCAACCUCAAUAGCACAUGCCUUAAACUUCUCUGUUGAUCAGACUAGUGUGUACAGAUCCCACAGAAAUGUUACUCCACUCGUUCAUUUUCCUGGAGAGCAUUUGUUUGAAGUAUCUAUUGAAAUGCAAAUCAAUCGCACAGGAAAAGAGAACUUGAAGGAUUUGGAAAGGACACUCUUGACAUUGUUGGAGAAUCUGAUAAAAGAUGAUUUGAAGGAUUUCCAUCCACCCAAAAGCAUCACUCUGAAAAGAGUUAAAAGGUUGAAAUCAGGUCUUAUGUUCAUAUUAUGGCUGCACUUUGGCUUUGGAGAGAAAAGCAUGCAUGUGUCGAUUCAGUCUUGCUUGCAGAGACUUGUGAACAGGCCUGUGACAAAUCUGGGGAUCAAGAAUGCUCUUGUGAGUUCAGUAUCGACAGAAGAUGUGAACGAGUGCGGUACCGAGAUGCUGCUGUGUGAUGCCCAUGCAGAUUGCUUCAAUGAGUUUGGCACUUACACAUGCCAAUGUCAGGAAGGCUUUGAAGAUUGGUCUCGAGCAGGCUCAGGUGGCACGAUUUGUGUUAAUGUUGCAGGUUCCAGAUCGCCCACCCUUUUGGAAACCUUAACUGGGUUUGGAUUUGUGUUAAUUGUGUUUCUGCUGUUUUUCAUGGUUGUGUUGGCUGUUGUUUAUAAGAGACAGCAAAAAGGGACAUUUGUUGUUCAUUGUGAAAAUCUGGAAUCUGCAGUAUUGCAGCAGUGUUUGCAAACUCACGGCUGUGGACUUCAUCAAAAGGAUUACUUGGUUGAGCCUAAAGAAUGUGACUCUAGAGAAGGCUUGCCUCUUACUCAGUUUAAGUAUUUCUGUGGUUCAGAAAGAAUUGGUGAUGGUAUGUCUGGGAACACACAGGGAGAUGACGUGAGUGUUGUUGACGAACGUGCAAUGUUUUAACUACGUCGGCACUUUUUAUAAUCCUCAGCUAUCCUAUCGCUAUAAGGUACAUGUUGUGUAAUUUUUAGUUUAGUUAUUUUAUUUUAAGUAAUAUUUAAUGUUUAGUCUAUCCAUGUUAAUGCUUUGGGUUCAUAUAGACCGACCAAAAGGUCUGUCCUAAGCAACUUGUUCUAUGGCAACUGGAUUUCGGCAGCAAUUCUGUAAGAAACAAGGUGUAUGUAUGUAUAUGUGUGUGUAUAUGUAUAAUAUAUAUAUAUAUAUAUAUAUAUAUAUAUAUAUAACAAACACAAUCCCUCAUGUUUAAUUUAAAAGUAUAUUAUUGUUUGUACCUUAUGCCUAAAAGUGUAUAGCAUAUGAUACUUGCCUGUGUGUCACAGAUCUGCAUGUAAUGUGUAUUUACCACUAGGGGUCAGACUGUAUCUCCUUGUAUUAGUCUGUUCCUGUCUUCAUUAAAAUCUCAACUGCUGUACUGGUG